AUGCCUUUCACACAAUUCAGAUAUUAUUGUAAAAUUUUCUUUCAGCCGUCUGCAUCAGCUCAUCAUCUAGAUAAAAAAACAACAGCUUGCUCUUGCGGGUAUUCGUCAACUUUAACCGAAGCACUGAAACAGCGAAUUCAAGUGUUGGAAGUUGAAAAUUGUCGUCUGAUGACAAAUCAGGGACAACUAGUAGCCGAAACAAAUCGUCGUGUUGAGAUGCAUAUCAGUGAAGUAAGAACGCUGAAGGAAGAGCUAAAGAAGUUACGAGAAAGUAACAAAGAAUUACGUGAUCUUUGCUGCUUUUUGGACGACGAUAGACAAAAAACACGACGACUUAGCAGGGAAUGGCAAAAAUUUGGUCGCUAUACAAGUGAAGUUAUGAAACAGGAAGUAAAAGCUUAUCAAGCAAAAUUGCGUGAAUUAGAAAAUCGACAACAUUUGUUGAUUGGUGAGAACGACGAGCUGAAACGAUUGUGUCUUUACUUGGACGAACAGCGACAAUCUAUACUGCUGUCAAAAGUGACAAAAGGCGAUCAAACAAUUAUUUCCAGGGAUAAGUCAUCAAUAAAAAAUAGCAAUGACAGUAACGGAUGUGAUUCAUCCGGUUGUGGAAUAUUGGUAGUUUAUUCAAUUUUUUAUUUAUUUAUUUAUUUAUUUUUUGUAGGUACAGUGUUAUCCUCCGGCACCACAUACUGUAGUUCAUGCAGUGAUGGGUCGGUGGAUACCACCGUUUUUGUUUCUGGCGAAGACUUUGAUGAUGGAGAUACGCAUUUGGAAGUUAGAACACUUGGUCCAAUCGAUGAAAAAGCAGAAGACUCAUCGGCUGAAAAAGCUCACCUGAAGUCUACUAAUACUGAAUUAACUGAAAGCAAUUGUCAAAAUCCUGUGAACAGCACAGAUGUUCAAAUGCCGCCUACAAUUGCACCAGUUAGCGUCAGUGUAGUCUGUUUUUUUUUACAGUGUCUAAGUGCAUCAGAAUGCCUAAAGUAG